UGUAGCUGUACCCCUGUCAACCCUGUGUAGCAGUGCCCCUGAUAGCACGUAUGGACCCAGGUUCAUUAUUCCCGGUGUAGAGUAAUUAGCACCUUGCAGAACGACACAUUAUCAUCAUCCAGUUUCAUCCAUAUUACUUCUACACAAACCGUUCUCGCUGGCCUCGCGUUUUGUUGCUGUCCGUCCAUGGUGAAAGAGAGUUGACAAAACAACCAUGUCUGGAAUCAAGAGGAAAAUUGAAGACAAUGACCCAGACUAUGAGGACAUAUCACAAGUUCAUGAGAAUAAGAGAAACAAAAUUGUGGAACAGAAUGCACGGGAUGCGACGGUGCAGAAAAUUGAAGUCAUCAUCAGAGAACAGUUUUCUAUGGAGAUGAAGAAUAAAGAACAUGAGAUUGAAGUGAUUGGCCAACGUCUCAAUGAAGCUCGGCGGAUGAUGGACAAGCUGAGAGCCUGCAUUGUGGCCAACUAUUACGCCAAUGCUGGGCAGCCCAAGGUCCAAGAGGCGUCAAAGAGCGACGCCCUGGUGCUGAACCACCCGGCCAUCAAGCGCUUCCUGGAGUCGCCCUCUCGCUCGUCCUCGCCCCUCAACCAGGGCUCGGAAGCAGCCUCGCUGGGGCCUUCGGAGAGCGAGUCGCUGGGCCAGCACGUGGACGGUGGACACGGGGAGCGCGAGCGGGACGGAAUCUGGCGGGAGGCCGGGAGCCGCGGGGAGCGACGGCCGGGACGCAACACAGGGAAGGACACGUUUGGAGUGCCAUCAUCAGCCGCCGCGGAUCAGCAGGUCACCUAUCACGUCACCGGAGAGGAGGCCUCAAGACUGUACGUCAAGAAGACCAUUGUUGUGGGGAAUGUCUCCAAGUACAUAGCCCCUGACAAGAGAGAGGAGAAUGACCAGUCCACCCAUAAGUGGAUGGUCUAUGUCAGGGGCUCCAAGAAGGAGCCCAGCAUUGACCACUUUGUGCGCAAAGUCUGGUUCUUCUUGCACCCCAGCUACAAGCCUAAUGACCUGGUAGAAGUCAGUGAGCCCCCGUUCCACCUGACUCGGCGAGGUUGGGGAGAGUUUCCUGUCCGUUGUCAGAUCCACUUCAAGGACCCACGCAACAAACGCAUCGACAUCAUCCACAACUUAAAGCUUGACAGAACGUAUACGGGACUGCAGACACUUGGAGCUGAGACGGUGGUGGAUGUGGAACUCCAUCGAAACUCCCUUGGCGAUGACUUCCUGCCCACCCCCCUCUCCUCCUCCUCCUCCUCCUCUCAGAGGUCAUGUGCCAUGGGCUCCACCAGUGCCCAUCUCACCUCCGCCCCCUCCCCCGGUCAACUCUCCCAGGACUCCUUCCCAGGCACAGAGAAAGGCGUGGCCGUCAAAAUCGAGUCGGGUCGCUCGUCCUGCUCCGAGCGGACGCCGUCCCGGCCCAAGCUCACGGAAAAGAUCACGCUCGGUUCUCAUGGGAACUCCGCCUUCCAGCCCAUCACGGCCAGCUGCAAGAUCAUCCCGCAGGGCCAGGCGCCGAGCCCCUCCGAGUCUCCCGGGAAGUCCUUCCAGCCAAUCACCAUGAGCUGCAAGAUCGUCUCCGGCUCUCCAAUCUCUACGCCCAGCCACUCCCCGCUGCCCCGCACCCCCACCUCCACGCCCGUGCACAUGAAGCAGGGCUCGGCUGCGGGCAGCAACCCCUACAUCAUCGUGGACAAGCCGGGCCAGGUCAUCAGCGUAGCCGGCUCCUCUUCCUCUGCCACAGGAAGCCCCACGGUCAAGCAGUCUGCAGCGGCCCACGGCACCAGAUCUCCCGCCCCCAAAGUCCACACAGGAGGCUUCCUCUCCUCAGGAGUCAAGGUCAUCAUAAAACAGGAGCCGGGGGAGGUUCCCACCCAGCCGCAGCCGCCGCCACAGCAAGCCAUGGUUUCCACGGCAACGGCCCAGCAGCAGCAGCAGGCGGCGGCGGCACAGGCACAGCAGUUUGUCGCAGUGAAGGGCGGUCACGUGAUCGCCAUGGCCUCCUCCCAGAAGCAAGUUGCUGGGGCGUCCGGGGCCGGAGCCACGCCCAGCAAGGUCCUGACCACACCCACAACACACACACACUCACACUCCAUACCACCCCCCCUUACUCCAGCGUCCCUUGUCUUCAUGGCCACCCUGCAGCUGCCAGCCAACAACCUGGCCAACCUAGCCAACCUGCCGCCGGGCACCAAGCUCUACCUGACCACCAACAGCAAGAACCCGUCAGGCAAGGGCAAGCUGCUGCUCAUCCCACAGGGAGCUAUCCUGCGGGCCUCCAACUCAGGUCAGCAGUCUCAGAGUGCAUCCUCGUCAGGCUCUGGCUCGUCACAGAGCUCCUCUGGUAGUUCGUCUGGAUCCAGCCUCUCCUACACCUCCUACAUCCUCAAACAGACCCCACAGGGCACGUUUCUGGUUGGCCAGCCUGGCGGCUCGGGGAAGCAGAGUUCGUCCAGCUCCUCCACCUCCUCGUCGGGUCACACGGCGUCGGGCACGGGCAGCGGCAACCAGCAGUCCAUCCGGGUCACCGCGGGCCAGAAGGCCGCCAUCUUGGCUCAGGUGGUGGGCGGGUCGCAGGCAUCACAGUUGAAGCUGUCGGACGGCUCGGUGAAGACGGUGACGGCCUCUGCCGCCACUCACCUGUCCAAGCCGGGCACUACCACCCUGAGGAUGGCGGGGGGAGUCAUCACAGCCACCAGCACCAUGCCGGGCACCCCCGCCUCAGCUGCUACCACUCCCACACAACACACUGCAGAUGGCGCCAGUGUGCCCUCCUCCCCCGCCCCCUACUCCUCCUCUUCCUCCUCUUCCUCCUCAUCCGGGGCCAAACCCGUAUCCCAGCACCCUCUGCUCGUGGCAGCCAAUCAGGCGGCAGUCAUCAACGCAGCCAAGAACGCCAGCAAUGCAGCCGCCGCCGCAGCUGCCACUGCAUCUAAAACCCCCUCGGGCACCAUGAUGACCGUCGCCAAGAGCAUGGCCGCCAACAUGCCGGUCAUCAGCCUGGGCAAGGGGGCAGGCCCGGCGGUGGUGAGCGUGCCCAAGAGCGCCAGCCCUUCGCUGGUCACUGCAACGUCACUGGUGGGCAGUAGUGGCACCGUCAGCGGUAAGGCAGCUGCCGCUCUCUCAGGCAUGCUGAAGCUGCAUGCGGGCCAACCCAGUGCGCAGCAGACUGUGCUCACCAUCCCUGCCAACCAGCUGAAGCAGCUGAGCGUGGGCACGGGCGCUGGGGGACUCCAGACCAUCCUCAUGCCUGUGGGCAAAGUUGUGCAGUCCUCCUCCUCCUCCUCCUCCUCCUCCUCCUCCUCCUCCUCCUGUAAAGGAUCCUCUACCAGCAGCAAUACUGCUACCCACAAUGCACCAGCAGUCUCCUCCACACCAAACGUAGCUCACGUGAAGACAGAGCCAGGUGUGUACAGCUGCAGCGGCCCUGGGCCCCAGACCCCGACCUCUUCAUCGACCCCGGGCUCCAGCGUGCCACCCACCCCCGCCACCGCCAGCGUCAAAGUGGAGCAGGGGGCCGAGUCCGCCCACGAGCUCAACACUGAACACAUAGAGAACCUGACGCAACUGUUGACGGCGGCGGUGAAGAAGUUUCCGCUCAUUGUGCCUGAGAAGAAUGAGGACUCCCACCCAUUCUGUGCCAUCUCUAUGGAGCAGUAUUACUCCUGGAACAUUGGGAAACGCCGGGCAGCCGAGCUGCAGCGUGCGGUGGCGGUGAGGCGCGUGGUGCAGGAGGCUCUGGAGAGGAGCCCGCGCCUGCAGGCCGAGCCCUUGCCCAGGACCCGCCAGCUGGUGCAGUGGUGCCGUCACCGCGGCUACACGCCGCCCGACCCCGAGCCUCGCCGCACAGAGGAGGACUCCAUCGAGGACAUCCUCACCCAGAUCGACAGCGAGCCAGAGUGUCCGUCUACGCUGCUGGACGCUGAGGACCUGUGCCAGCGGGUGGAGCAGCUCCAGCGGCUGCUGAAGACAGAGCCCGAGGACGAGGACGACGGCGAGCUGCUGGACGUGCUCAGCCUGUCCCCGCCCGCCACCUCGUCGGCCUCGGACACCGCCGCCCGGCCCAAGCAUGAGCCCCACGCUGGCCCGCAGGAGCCCAGCUUCCACCUGGGGCCCAGCCCCGCCCAGCAGUUCAUCAGGGAUGCCGCCCAACAGAUUGGUGUGACCUUCCAGCCGGUGGAGGUGGAGAAGAGUGUGUUUGCUCCAGUGAUUGAGGCCAUGAUCCUCAAGGCCACAGAGCAGUUUGCCAGUGACAUCUUAAGAGAAGCCCUGGGCAACGCCUACAUGAAGGCCCCCCAGAACAGAGCGCCUCGCGAGGUGUCAGUCAUGAACGUGCACCAGUCGGUUAGCAGCAUUCCAGCCUAUGACUUCCUGACCAACCGCUACAUGGGCGUCCUGCUCAAGGAGAAUGGCCACGCGGACUGAGGCCCGUCGCUGCCGGAAACGCCGCCACACACGCACAAGCCAGGCCAGCAGGCAAACCAACCACACACGUCCUUCCGGAGCUCCAGAGAACAAGCAGAAUCAUCGCCAUGGCACCUGAGCCUUGGACCCGCCCGUCGAGCAUUAAACCAGUCUGGGGUUGGCUGUAUUUAAGAGGGCAAACGACCACAGUGAACCCCAAGCAAAUAUUAGUUGUUACAAGAGAAGCUGUGUGUGUGGGGGGUGUUUAUUUACUGUGGGUGAUCAUUCUGAAGGCUUCACCAGGCAGUUUACUGCCAUACUGUUAUGUGUAAUACUGAUGUCAAGU